GUUUCGCAUCGACGCAGCAAGUAUUCAACGAAAACGUGCGUAAGACGGAUAUCAUGAGCGACCCGGCAACGGCCACCCACGAGCACGUGGCGACCACGGGCACUCUGCUGCAAGUCGGCGGAGAUGCCAUCCCCGUUUCCGCGGUGAAGUCAACGGUGAGUAACAAGGCGGGGGUCGUGAAGAAGGCAAGCGGUAUCAAGCACCGCAGCCACACGGGCGGGGCGGCGCGGUUCGAGCGGGACUCCCGAGAUUCGGUCGUGUUUGGAGGGGACAAGAAAACGUUCCGAAAAACGGGGUUCUUCAAGGGCAAGGAGGGCCUCAAGCAGCCUAAGUUCCGGAAAACCGGGUUUGCGCUGCCGAUGAAGGAAGUGCUCACCACGAACGAGUUUUUCGUGGACUACAAUGCCGCGAGGGCACAGAUUGAGCGGGAAGCUAUGCACAGGGGAGUUCCGGGUGAGCAGAGUGGAUCAAAGGCUUUAUUUGUUCUUGAGCUGGACCUCUAUCGAUUCAAUUUCAAUCUGUGAUUCUGGUUGUACUUGAGAAGUUGUCGCUUUAGGGGCAAGGGGAUGAUUGAUUAUCGUUCUUCAGAGUGGUUCUUCGCACUUUUAGACCUGACACUAAACCAAAACCACAGCGUCGUUCACGACCACCCAGAAGAACGCGGGCAAGCAGAUUUUUCACUCGAAGAAGGGUCCGGCCGCGACAGAGGGCGAGUCGUUUUGCAAUGCGCUGGAGCGGUCCGCGGAGUUGGCGCCGGACCGCGCGGCGUUGCUGGUGGAGCGACCGCUUCCGGAGGCGGGAACGCGGGACGAAGCGUAUUGAAAGGAAAAAUCCCCCCCCCAUAUUGAAAGCGCGUCCUUCUGAAGAUUUGCGAUGCAUAUUUGUGACCACAAAUCCUGUCUGUCUUGCAAGAGAGCAAAGGCAGAGAGCCCACCGCGUUAUGCAGGCGGUUUGUAAUGCUGCAAGGCCUACAGGGCAGACGCCUGCCAUGCUAAGCGCCCACCUCUAAGCGCCCCUCUCCAGGCUUUGCAUCUGCCUGCAGUCCUCUACUGCAAGACAAAUCUGAUUUGUGUAGGCAAAUCCAGCAUCACGAAUUUCCCUUCUCGAUAUGGGGAAGGGGGAUUUUUCCUUCUGAUAAAGCGCUGCCACUGGAGCAGUGGUCGGUGUGGACCUACCAGGAGUACCGGGACGACGUGUGUCAACUGCAAAAUUGUCUGGGUCUGGAAGAUUGCAACUUGUCAUGCUGUUUUUGGACUCUACAAAAAUUUGUAUUGCAUGACCAGCAAGAGGGGUGCAAUUUGUGCUACAUGGACAGGGCAUUUGUCAUGCGGAAGGUGCAUCAAGUUCAGGAAGCCCUCUAAAAGUCUGCGAUGCUAGGUCAUGCAUUACAGGCAUCAUGGGUCAUGAGAAAAACAAAUCUUGCAUUCUUCCAGACCCAGACACUUUUGCAUUUGAUAACGUGCGGUCGAUGGCCAUCUCGUUUCUGAACGACCUGAAGCCGCUGAAGGACCUGCCGUGCUACCAGAAGCUUUCCGAGUUGGAGCGCGCGAGCUGGCUCGAGAACGACCUGGACCCCACCGUGUGCAUCUUCGGGUUCAACGCCCCGGAGUGGAGCAUCAGCGCCAUGGCGGCCAUCUACUGCGCGGGGUUGUUCUGCGGCAUCUACCCGACGGACACGCAGGAACUAUCAACUGUAAAAAUGUCUGGGUCUGGAAGAUUCUGACACUUGUCAUGCACGUUUUGAAUGAGCCGCGAUGUCUGUGAUGCAUACCCAAGCAAUACAAAUUUUUUCAGGGCUUCUUGAUCGUUGCCUAUUCUGCAUGACAAAUGCCUUCUCAGUGUAGCAGAAAUUGCAUUCCCUUUGCUACUCAUGCAAUACAGAUUUUUUUUGGAAUUCAAAUGCAGCAUGACAAACUUGUAUUCUUCCAGACACAGACAUUUUUGCAUUUGAUAGGAACAGGUGCAGUACAAGGUCGACCACAGCUAUGCAAGAAAAAAACUGUGUAAGUGUAAAUCUGUGAUGCAGAACAUGCAACAGAGUUACAGCUGUCAUGCCAGACAGCGAUGCAGUCCUCUUUUCAUGUGUGUUUUCCCUUACAAACCACGCAUGACAGGUUUUCUCUGUCAUGUAGAGCAAAUUUGUGAUGCUGUCAGCCAAAGAAAGUUACACUAACACAGUUUUUUUCUUCGAUAACAGCAACGCUUCGGUGGUGGUGGUCGACAUGACAGAGGGCGAAAAGAAGUACCAGGCCGUCGCGGACUCGCUCGAAAACUGCCCGACAGUGCAACUGGUGCUCGUUUGGGGGGAGAUGAACCGCGACCAGUUUUUUGGUCCCGGGAAAACGGAAAAGGAGUUCACCCGAUCGGACGGCUCCGUCGUGAUUGUGCGUUCCUGGACCGCCCAGCUGCAGCGCGGCCGAGACAACAGCGACGACGACUCCGAACUGAUAGACCGCAUGGAGUCCAUCGACCCCUCGCAGUGCUGCUGCCUCGUCUACACGUCGGGCACCACUGGGUGGCCCAAGGGCGUCAUGUUGUCCCACGACAAUCUCAGCUAUUCCGGUACUUACGAUUCGUUUUGAUAUUUACACUGUAUAGAAAUUUUGUAUAUGCAACGUGAUACCUUUGGGUUUCCCUUCUCAUGAAUUGUUUGACAAAGACACUACACACAGAAUUGUAUGAUAAUUACUACGGAACUUAUAUAUUCGAAAAGCGAAUGUGAACCGCCAUUGUCAGGUGCUGCGGCUUGCGACCCAGAAUACGGGUGGCACCGCACGUAUGGCAGCUGCGGAGAGGAGCGGCUCGUGUCGUACUUGCCCCUCUCCCACAUCGCCGGCACUAUUUGCGAUCUGCUAGCUCCGCUGUACGUGACCGCACUCGGACGGAGGAACAAGUUAAACCCGAAAGCUGAGGAAGAGGGCGACGUUGGCUACGUCUCGGUGUACUUCGUGCGCCCGUACGACAUGAGGGUCGGCACGAUGAAGAAUCGGAUCCUGCUCUGCCGUCCCACGGUGUUCUUCGGGGUUCCUCGCGUGUACGAAAAACUGAUGAUGGGUGUGCAGCUCGUGCUCGCGAAGAAAACCAAGGGCUACGUCGGCGGCUGCAUCGGCGCGCUCAUCAACCGGGCACGCCGGGCGUGCCUGAAAACCUACCGAGCGAUGGAGCACGACAACUUGGAUUUGAUUGCGGCAGGCGACAAGACUGCUUUGCAGCCGAACUCCUGGAGUUCGUGGUGGGAGAAAAUAUUGAUCUUCAAAAUUCGCAAAAACCUUGGCCUGGACCAGACGCGCAUCUUCAUGACUGGGGCGGUAUAGUAGAGUUUGCUCAUAGAAGCGGCAUACUUAUUACGAACAAUUUUUCCUCACGCGGGCUUGAAUUUUGUUUUUUUGGUCUCUGUCAUGAUUGAUCUUCGGUUCGUUGGCGCGAUGUCACGGCCUCUGGUUCGGUCGAACAAUAUUCAAAAAAAAAUCUUCCCAGGCUCCGAUGCCCCCCGCGGUGCAAGAGUUUUUUCUUUCUUUCGGUAUCCGCGUUUCCGAUACGUAUGGUAUGUCGGAGUCCUGCGCUGCAGUUACUGUUUCGCAGGCGGAAUCCAGCACCCCUAUGCUUCCGGUCGACUUCUACAAAAAUCUGUCGGAGCGCAGAGAAAACGCCAAGUGCGGCGUGCUCGGGAAGCCGCAAGCGGGCGCGGAACUGGCCAUUAUGACGGAAAAGGCACCGGGCGUGUACUGAUUUUUCUUUCGAGAAUAUAGUGAUCCCGAGUGUAUCAUCAAUUUCGGUACCUAGAAGCAGCACUGCCUCGUGCUGAAGAUGAAAUGUCUAUACUCAUAAACUACUCUUUCUGUAGUUCCACUAAAAUACACCUUCUCAGCUUCGUCCGCUGCCCGCCGGCCUCGAACAUAGAGAACCCCGAGUUGGACAGUCAGGGCGAGAUCUGCUACCGCGGGCGGCACAUCAUGCUGGGGUACCUGGCGAAUCCCCGGUUCGGCGCGGACCACGUGAGGGAGAUCGAGGAGAAAAACCGCGCCACGAUUAUGACCUGCUCAAACGUUACAAUCUCAAACGCUACAAUAGAAUCUGAGAUUUGUCUUGCAUGAUCAACAUGACAGACUCGGACAGCAUUCCACUUUCUGCAAUACAAAUUUCGCCAGAUUGUAGUGCGGAUUGGGUGGACUCUAGAACUUGUCAUGCGUAAUCCUGUGGGAGUAGGGUAGAGCAUGCACUUCUUGCAACACAAGUUCCAGAUUCUAUUGUAACGUUCGAGAUUGUAACACUUGAGCAGGUUAUAACGAUCGACCAGGACGGCUGGCUCCACAGCGGAGACAAGGGCUGCCAGAACUUUGACGGCUUCGUGAAGCUGACGGGGCGGUACAAGGAACUGCUGAUCUCUGCUACUACAGUGAAAAAUGCCCCCACCCCCAAAGUCGCACAAACUUGUGAUGCGAAGUUUCCAAAUGCAAACCUUUUGUCAUGCAGAUGCAUGAAAGAAGUAGGAAUCUUUCUGAUGCAGAGUCUAGGCCUGUAUCGCAUCGCUUGCAUGACAAGCGCCACUUUUGUUGGGAUCUUUUGCAAUACAAAUGUUUGCUAUUCACGAUUGGAAAUCUGUGAUGCUGAUAGGUGCAAGAGGGCGAGUGUUUCAUUUGGAAAGGUUUGCAAUACACAUGCUCCCAAGUUCGGGGAUGGGGGCACUUUUCAACUUGAUCUCCGCCGGGGGCGAGAACAUUGCGCCCGUGCCGAUCGAGCAGUCGUUGAAGGCCUUGGUUUAUCCAAGAAAAAAAGUGUGUAGGUGUAACUUUUUUGCAGAACCAGCAUCACAGAUUUGUUUUGCAUGACAGAGAAAACCUGUCAUACGUAGCUAGUAAGCGAAAACACGUAUAAUUAAAAUAGCCUCUGAUGCAUAUCCGGCAUGACAAGCGUAACUGUAUUGCAGCAUCUGCAAGACAAAUACACAGUUUUUUUCUUGCAUACGGUUCCGGGGGUGUCCAACGUGGUCAUGAUCGGGGACAAGCGGCAGUACAACGUGAUACUGGUCACCCUGCUCGUCAAGGGCAACACCGGCGAACUGCCCGGAACAAACGAGCUGAUGGGUCCGGCGCUGCAGGUCUCGCCGAACUGCGCAACGACCCUGGACGCCAGGGACGAUGCCAUCUGGAAGGAAAAAAUUGAGUCCGCGAUCAAAAAGGUAUCUUUGUGCUUUGGAGAUCGUAAAUCUUUUUGAUUGAUGUCAAAGGCGCUGGAGCGGUCGUGCUUCAGCGCAUAUGUGCUUCGCUUAAGUGCUUCGCUUGGUUGCUGAAGUGCUUCAAAUCGCUUAGGUGCUUCGAUCGUGUAAAAAAAUGCUUUUAUCGCUACAGUGUGUCGCUUAAGUGUUUCGCUUAAGUGUUUCGCUUAAGUGUUUCGCUUAAGUGUUUCGCUUAAGUGAUUCGCUUAAGUAUUCAGUGCUUCACUUAAGUGUUUCACCUAAGUGUUUCACCUAAGUGUUUCGCCUAAGUGUUUCGCCUAAGUGUUUCGCUUAAGUGUUUCGCUUAAGUGUUUCGCUUAAGUAUUCCAGUGCUUCGCCUAAGUGUUUCGCCUAUGUGUUUCGCUUAUGUGUUUCGCGUAAGCGUUUUGCCUAAGUGUUGCGCUUAAGUGUUUCGCUUUGCUGAGGUGCCUCGCUGCUGAAGUUCCCCUCUUGAGUGGCGCUUCGCUUAAAUUAGUGGUGCUUCGCUUAAGUAGUGCGCUGCUAAAGUAGUGCGCUGUUUAACUAGUGCGUUGCUUAGGUAGUGCGCUGCUUAAGCAAAGCGCUGCUUAAGUAGUGCGCUGCUUAAGUAGUGCUUCAGUAGUGCACAGCUUAAGCAGUGGCUCGCUUCAGUAGUGCUUCAUCAGUGCGCCGCUUAAGUAGUGCGGUCCUUAGGCAGUGCCUCGCUUCAGUCGUGCCUCGCUUAAGUAGUGCCUCGCUCAAGUAGUGCCUCGCUUAAGCAGUGCUUCGAUUCUUAAGUAGUGCUUCCUCUAAGUCGCUUAAGUAGUGCUUCGGUUGAACUUGAACAGUGUUGCGCAGUAACUCGCGCGUCGCAUAAGCAGUGCGUCGCUGCGGUCGCAGUGCUUCGCUUCAAGCUCAAGUGCUUCGCGUAUGUCCUCGCUCAGGCGUGUUCAGCUGGAGUGCUUCGCUGAGGCGCGGCGUCUGCUUUUGAGUGCAGUGCCUAAGGGCUUUCCUCCAAUAAAUCAUUCGCUUGAAGAUGAAGUCCUGCAAAUGGAAUUUGAAAUAUGUCACCACCUGCAGGUGAAUGCCGAUAGCGUGGUGUGCGCCAACAACGCGUGGAAGGUGCAGAAGUUUGCGAUUCUCCCGAGGGACUUCUCGGUCGAGACGGGCGAGCUGACCGGAACGAUGAAGCUCAAACGGGACGAUAUUGCGCGAAUCUGGGCAGAUGAAAUCGAGAAACUGUAUUGAGUCCGCGAGCCCUAGUCGCCGGAGGAGCAUACAGAAUGACGGGUCGACAGGAUGUGCACACACAUUUUUGACCAGCGACGACCUGUCACCACGGGCGUCUUGUAAGUUUACAAGUUUUUUAUUCUCACAUGGCUGAACGAACAUUUUCAGAUUCAGUGCGAUGAAAUUGUAGUAUUGUGAAAUGUCACUAAGUACUACCUAGAUGGCAUGGAAAUGCAAAUUGACAUAUAUCAAAAAUGAAACUGUAACUGUUAAACUCCAACAUGGAGACUUAGUGAGCCAAACCAGGAAUGCGUAAAAUUCAGUAUCAGUUUCGACAAUUUUGUUUUAUACCACUACACUCUCGACAAACAACAUGGAGAAGCGGUUUAGUAUGAAAGAUUGGAAGAAUAGAAAUGAAAUUACUUAGAAAUAAAGUAUGUAAGAUAGAUAAUGAUGGGUUCACUUUCAAGCGCUAACUACAACUCUGGGUCAUUGUGCGAAACCCAAGCCUUCCGCAGAGAAGAUUUACUUGGAUCAUCAGCCAGCUUGCUUGGGACAUGCACAUGUUUGCUGGUCGACUGUAUAAUACGCAUGUUUUUAUUCUUGAAGUUAGGCUUAGGCAAACGCAAAAACGAAU